UGCACUGUAAAAAAAAUAUUUGUUGUUGUAACUUAAAAAAAGUUAGUGCAAGGGCUGCCUUAAAAAUUUGAGUUCACUGGAGUUCACAUAUGUGUAAACUUCGGACGUGAGAGAUUGCAGCCCUGCAAGGACUAGGCUACUGCAAAGAGGCGAAGGUAAGGAAAAUUAUUCAAUUUCGUAACAUCAGUGUUUGCACAUAUCCGUGUUUUACUGUUGUUGUUCACUACAAUAAUAAAUCCGUUUUAUUGCGCUUUCUUAAAAGUGUGUUGCACAGCAAUAAGUAGCCUAACUUAAUAUUUUUGGGAAAUGGGUAAAAUAACCGACAGUGUUUAACCUUCUUGUAAAACUCGAAUGGCCUUGUGAUAUGUAGAGGCUACAUUCCUCUCCGUUUACUUUUUAGUAUAGACCUACUGUAGGCUGUCAUCAUGGAAAGGAGCAAGAAGGACAUUAUGUCCUUUUUUGCCCCUGUUGGCAAAAAGCAACAUAGAGAGAGUAAGGAAGAUGAAGAUUAUGAAAGAGGAGAGAGAGCCAGAGGUGGAGAGAGAGCCAGAGGUGGUGGUUGGAGAGGUGGAAAGUGAGGCAUCUGAGAGUGAGGAUGAAGACAUUCAGGAUCAGAUUGAGGGACAGAAUGAGGGACAACGAGUCAUUGGGACAACCAGAUUCACCAUGCAUAUCAAGUACAGCACCAUCAGAUAUCAGCAAGUGCUUGGACAACACUCCAGUGCAGCCACGUCUGAAGAAAAGGUUCAUUAAGGGGAGAAGCAGAGUCGUGUUUCUGCUCUGCUGGAGAGGCUGCACGCCAAACACAACGCCUCACGGCCAUGGCAGGAAACCAGCAAAGUCGUCCGCACAGCCAUGGAGAAGCGUGGUGUGAUGAACUCAGCUGGUCACCAGCUCCUCCUCAACUGUUUAGAGACGCUUCAACGGGCACUGAAAGUGUCUUCACUGGCAUCUAUGACUGAUCGCCUGGAGUCCAUCGCCCGGCAGAACAUGUUGGGGUCACACCUUAGUCCCUCAGAGACAGAGUGCUACAUCACCUCUGAUAUGUUCUACGUAGAAGUGCAGCUUGACACCAUGGGCCAACUGAUCGAUGUCAAAGUUGCUCAUCACGGAGAAAACCCUGCGAGCUGUCCUGAGCUCAUACAGCAUCUGAGAGAGAAAAACUUUGAGGAAUUCUCUAAACACCUGAAGGGUCUCGUGAACCUGUACAAGCUUCCUGGAGACAACAAACUGAAGACUAAAAUGUACCUGGCCCUGCAGUCUCUAGAGCUGGACCUUACUAAGAUGAUGCACAUGUUCAGGAUUGCCACAAAAGCUGGCACGGUGGAGACUAUCCUGCAUGGCAGUGUGGGUCUGCUCACCCCACGGAGCGGCGGCCAUCUUCUGUCCCUGCAGUGCUACGUCUCACCUUACGACGUCUUCGAGGAGGGAACCGGUGCGCAGCUAAAUUUCACCGACACAACCAUCCCCCGUUCUCUUGGUGUGAGCGUGUCCGUGACUGUGGAGGGAACACCAUCAGUCUACAAACUUCCCAUUGCCCCUCUCAUUACUGGAUCUCACCCAGUUGAUAACAAAGGGACUCCAACAUUUUCUCCAGCGUCAAACUCAAACUGUGUCGACCUGCCAGCGUGUUUCUUCCUGAAGAUGAAGCUGCCCAUGCCCUUCUCGCUGUCCUUCAUUCACAGAAUGGGUAACGUUACAGGUAUCCCAGUGUUUGAGUUGGUUCCUGCUUUGGCCCCACUCUAUGGCCUCAUCGUUAAAAGCCAGCUUAGUGAAGAAGAUGGCAGUGAUGCUCCAGCUCCAGCCCGAUCCAUGAGAUUUUACGCAUCUCUGCCAGGACAACAGCACUGUUACUUUCUGAAUGGAGAUGCCCCAGUGCAGGAUGGGAAAUCUCUGCAAGGCGCACUGGUGUCCAAAAUCCCCUUUCGACACCCUGCUCACGUGCCCACUCUACUGGACAUCAUACGACACCAAGCAGCUUAUAACACGCUGAUCGGCAGCUGCGUCAAAAAGACAUACAUAAAGGAAGAAGAACUAUCGAGGAGACGACGGGGACAACCUCGAAUUUCAAUCGUCAUUUGGCAAGACUACACCCAGAGAAAUGCUCCUGGGCUGCUGCAAUUUGAGGUCUGUCCACUGACUGACUCGAGCUUCAGUGUGUCAUUCCAGCAUCCUGUCAAUGAGUCUCUCGUUUGUGUUGUAAUGGAGGUAAUUGAUUCACGGCAGGUCGCAUGUAAGCUCUAUAAGGGUUUGUCUGAUGCUUUGAUCUGCACAGAUGAAUUCAUUACCAAGGUAGUUCAACGAUGCAUGUCCAUCCCGGUGACUAUGCGAGCUAUCCGUCGCAAGGCAGAGACAAUUCAAGCAGACACCCCAGCUUUAUCCCUAAUAGCUGAAACUGUGGAGAUAAUGGUGAAAAAGAACCUUCCACCCACAGGUAGCCCUGGUUACAUGGGGAUGGGCACAGGACCUGAUGGGAGCAGCACUGUGGGCCUACCUGGUGUAGGGGGUGCUACAACACCUACAGGUGGCAGUAGUGCUGGGAAUUUGGGUGCAAGUGGGCCAUUCCAAGGCCCAAUUGGUGCCAUUUUCAAUAUGAGCCACCAGGGAAGUUCAGUUGUAGACACUAUGGGGCAGCUAGGAAGUCAGCCACAGCAGCUCCCACCACAACACAACCAUGGUUCAGAUGAUUUUAGCAAGGUGACUCAGAACCCAAUACUCACAAGUCUUCUCAAGAUAACAGGAAGUGUAGGGUCUAGUCCCACUCCUCAGGGCUCUGCAAGCUCACAACCACACCAGACACCGCCACUGACCACCUCACCUGCUAGCAAUACCAAAAACCAUCCCAUGCUCAUGAACUUGUUGAAGGACAACCCCUCACAGGACUUUGCUGCCCUUUAUGGUAGCAGCCCUCUGGAGAGACAGAACUCUUCUGGUUCUCCUCGCACAGAUAGUCAAGGUCAACCAUGUCCUGGAGGAGGCACCAAAGGCAAGAAGAAGAGACCAAGGAGCACCGAUAAGAGUGUGAUGGGAACAGGGGGAGGGAUGGGAAUGAAACAGCAAUCCCAACAACAGCAAUUGGGAAGCCUAAGCCAGCAGCACCAUCUCACACAUCCCCCCACUGAAGAUGAUUUCCACCGUGAGCUCUUUUCCAUGGAUGUUGAUGCCUCUCAGAAUCCCAUUUUUGAUGUCAAUCUUCCAGGUGAUGGGUUGGACACUCCUCACAGUAUCACCCCAGCCCCAAGCCAAUGUGGGACCCCACCAUCAGGUCCGGGAAUGCCAUACCAUCCACAGUCACAUGGUCCAUCUCAGACACAAGCUCAGUCACAGCUGCCAGGAUCUAUACCUCGCAUGGUGCGCCUCUCUAGCUCCGAAAGUAUUGGUCCUGACAUUAAUGAUAUUCUGUCUGAUAUUCCUGAUCCAGCCACCAAAGGGAGUAGUGGCAGUCAUGGGCAGCAUCACAUGGGUGGGGAAGAAGGAGGUUCCUUAGACACUCCGCUAAGGGAUUCCUCUAGCUCAGGGCAGGGUAGUGCAGUAUUUGAGGCUGACCUGUUUAAUGCCAACAGCAAUGAAAACACUUACACUGAUCCAGCAGAUCUGAUUGCAGAAGCCACUACUGCAGCUACGCCAAAUAGUGAUGACUCCUCAAGUAAUUUCUUUCCAGAUACAGACUUCAACCCUGAGUUGCUGCCAGGUCAGGGAACCUUCUCACAUACGAGUUACUUUGAUGACAGUUCACCCAGUCCAGAACCAGAUCUUGACCUUGUGAAAAGCUUCAGUGGGGGAAGUCAGCAGAAUACACCCUCAGGCACCCCUCAGAAUCCAACUUCUCAUGGCCGUAGCACACCUGAUGCCUCUCUAAAGGACCCUUUUGAUGUUAGCAUGGUUUUUAGUGGAAACAGUGGAGGAGGAAAACCUUUGCUAGGUCCAGGGCCAGAUUUGGGGGAUUCACAUUCUCAUGGAGGUGGUGGCCAAAGUCCACUCACGAUUGGUAUGCCAGGACUUAGCAGUGACUUUAAAAGUAAUGAAGUAAAGCUCAAACAGCCGCAAAUGAGGCCAAAGGAGGAUAAUGGGGGUGGUAACUCUGGGAUGGUGAUGGGAGGAACAGGCUCUUCUGAAGGAAAGCAGAUGAAACGUAGUCGCACACCUUCUAGUGAGGGAAAAUCAAAAGAAAAGCCACUCAAACGUAAAAAGCUUGACCCAGAAGGUAAGUCUCCCUCACACAGUUCUGGGGGUCGACCCUAUACCCCUCCAAGUGGGAGUGUCAGUUCUGGAAGUUCAAUGAGUGGAGGUGGAUCCAAAUCCCCAGGCAGCUCAGGUCGUUCUCAGACCCCACCAGGGGGUGCGACCCCACCUAUACCUAAAAUUACAAUACAAAUCCCAAAAACCUUAACUGGGGGAAAAACAUCAUCUCAUGGAGGUUAUACAUCAAGCAGUUCUGCAGCUGGAAGUACUGGUGGUACCAGUGGCACAAGCAGCAGCAAAAGCCACCAUUCCCACUCCUCUUCAUCUUCAGGAAAAAUAAAGACCAGCAAGAUGGAAGGCUCCAUGGGACAAGGUAACAGUUCUAAACCACCAAGUUCAGGAGGAAGUGGUAGUGGUGUGCCUCCUCAGUCCAAAAGCUCUUCCCUCGGGAUGGGUUCAGGCAAACCAGGCUCUUCUCCGAUCACCAAGCAUGGUAUGUCAGGUUCAGGUAGCAGUGGCAGCAGUAGUGCAGUUAGUGGGAAUAAAAUGAGGCCCCAAGGAGGCAAGCCCCCUGGAUCACUGAUAAACCCUAGCAUUAAGCCUAACAUCUCUCCUUCACACUCUCGGUCUGGGAGUUCUGACAAACUUUCCUCCCCAUUGAAACUUCAGCAAGGACAGGUUCCAGGAACACCACCAUCCUCAAAAGCUAAGUCGCCAAUUGGUUCUGGAAGUGGGAGUUCAGGGGGGUCAAAGUCCUCUUCUGGUGGUGGGAUGAGUUCCCAGAAACAGUUAGGAAGUGGCUCUUCUUCUGGUUCUUCCACCUCAUCUGCUAGCUCCUCCUCUUCAUCAGGCUCUAUGACCUUUUCUUCUGGUGGUCAGUCACAAUAUGGGGGAAGUGGGGGUAGUGGAGGGGGAGGCGGAGGAUGUGGUGGAGGCAGUGGAGGGAACAACCCUAAUGCCAAAGGAAAGUCUCCUAGCCGAAACAAAAAACCUUCCCUCACAGCAGUCAUAGACAAGCUGAAGAGUGUGGGUAGUGGGGGCAUUGGUGGGGAGGAAUGUGAAGGAGGUGGUGGUCCUGGCAGCAGUACAGGGAGUGGAGGUGGGGGGGUACCGCCAAAUGUUGGUCCUCCAAAGCGAGACAAGGUUGAAAAAGAAGGGAAAUCCAAGGGAUCUCUUUCAACAGGAAACUUGGGCGAUAAAAAAAUGAUGGACCCAAAAGGUAGUGGAGUGAGUAGCACUGGUGUGGCUAAGAUUAUCAUAAGCAAACCCGAUGGAGGUUCUCCAAGCAUCAAGUCCAAAGUAACUCUCCAGAAGCCUGGUGAUGGAUCAGCAGAAGGAUCCAUGCGCCCCCAGCAUUCAGGCUUGAAAGCAUCGCCUCUUUUCAGUGGCUCAACUCCAAAGCAUGACCGCAGUUCUCCAAGCCAUGGUCGUUCACCUGGAUACACACCACUGUUCCCAGACAGUGAGAGUGAGUCUGGCAGCAGUUCAGUGGCAGAGAAAUCCCAUCAGAACAGCCCCAGCUCUGACGAUGAUCAGAGUAUGAGGCCGCUACAACCACCACAGGACUACAUGUCCGUCAGCUUGGGAGAGAAGCACAAGAAGCACAAAAAAGAAAAAAAAAAGCAGAAAGAAAGAGAACGGGAGAGGGAGCGCGACAGAGACCGAGAUCGAGAGAAGGAGAAGAAGAAAUCAACAAUGUCCUGUGGUCCCUCUUCACACUCAAUGAAGGCAGACAGCUGGUCCAGGUCUCCUCUGUCCUCCUCAGAACCCUCUAUAUCUUUGCUCAGCUCUGAGCGUGCCUCUCGACCAAGUCCUGUGUACAUGCACACUGAAGAUGACGACCUGAUGGACUCUGCUCUAACUGGCUCUAACUUGGAACCAUUCAAAUAGAGAUUAUACCAUGGGUAUGUUUACCUUUUUUUUGUAUUUUAGUACCUCUAUGAAACUUCUGUCAUUUAACAUGUUGAAUAUUAUGCUCAUUCUUUUUAACCUGGAAGAUUUUUAAUAAUCAGAUGGAGAUUGAGUCCACCCUUUUUAGAAUAAUAUAAUGACAUGCCUGCAUGGUUUGUACUUCACAUAUCUGUUAGGGUUUAUGGGAUGCAAAAAUAAUCCUCAUACUGGUGAUGAAAACACACUGAAGUUCAACAUGAUAAACCUGUCUAAAAGUAUCUAAAUUAAUUUUAAUGGCUUGUAGGUUGCAUUUUGAUCAUAUUUAUCGUCAGAAUGAAAAAUGUGCUGUAUUUGUAAAAGGUGACAAUGUUAAAAAAAAAAAGUCUCUCUUGAAGUGCUUGUUUAGUUGAAGCCAUGUGUUUUUAGAAGCAUUAUUUUCUUGAGACAUUUUAAUGUUCUUUAUUCGCUUUGUCAUUUGGUUUUAGGCUUUGUAGAGGAGUGUAACCAAGCAGAUUAGCAUUUCCUCCUUCGCAUGUAAAUAUUAUUUGUAUAAGGUCAUUAUACAUGAUUGAAAUAAACUUUACUGGUGAAUUAAACUAUUUUAAGUAUGAAAAGUGUGGCAUUUUGGAAGUAUUUGAAAGCUCCACCAACAGGGGUCACUAUGAAGUUAGUUAUAUUUGUAUAGUUUGUAUAAAGUAUUUGAGUGCCUUAAAAAUAAUGGCUAGUGAAUGAAUCUUCUGAAAGCAAAUGUUCUCAGCCUAUAUAAUAUCUUGAUAAAUUCAGAUUUUAUUCUGUUUAUGUAUACAAUACUUGCUUGUUAUAGUCUGUUGGAGGAAGACACUUGUAUUUCAUAGUGCAGAUUUAUUUUUAUUAAGACUCUCUACUAAGAAUUCAGUAGUUAUUCUAAGCUUUUUCAUGGAGUAUCUUUAUAUCAUUGCCACCAUUUCAGAAAGAACUAUUUCAGGUCUUAUUGUAAUAUACCUUUUGUGUUUUUAUAUUGGCACCCCACAG